AUGUCAUUGUUCUUUAACACCCGCCAACGCCAAGGCGUCGCUGAUGUUAUUGACGCCCUUCAACGGCUGGAAGACGAUCCAGAGCAGCUUAGCCUGCAGAGAGCCCACCGGUAUAGCGAUCCUCCACCGGCAUACCCCUCGUCGGGCGAGACCACGCAGCCUCCCAGCCCUGCCGAAGCGUCCGUUGAUGAGUCGGCGCUACGAGGCCGGCGUAACGCGGCCCUGCUUCGAUCGGUACCGUACGAGCAGUUCGAAAGCCAGAUGACCAGAGAGAGAGAGCGGAUCAUAUACCAGUUGGAUGAGGCGCGCUACGGGCGCAGGCAGACGCUGCCUGUCGAUAGAACGGUCGACCUCAUCGACAACGCCAGGAACAACGUCCGGGCCCGUUGGGUAGAGCAGGGCAUCUGGAUCUGGUAUAACGAAGGGGCCCCGGCCUGGGAACCAGAUACCCUCCGCUGGGGUCAUGAGAAGGAGACUGAACCACAGCUCCCGCCGGAGCCGGCACCGGAACCCGAGGCAAAGCCCAUCCGUAAUAUCUUCGUUGGAUGGGGGCGAGAAGAAACAAAUACUGUCACGGAGGAAUCAGAACGUGCUUCUGCACUAGAUGUUACUGAGACGCCAGCAGCUAUAUCUGAACGCGAUACUUUGGCAUCUCGUCCAUACCACCAGUUUCUCUUUCAAGUAUCCAAGGAGCGCGAAUGGAUAAAAGACGAGCUGCAAUUCAAACCGGCUACUGGAAUGAUUGACCUCGAUGCUAUGGCCUACGAAAGCGUCAAGAAGAUCUGGAUUGAAGACGAGAUUUGGAACCCUACAUGGGGUGAACUGCCCGGAAUGACCUGGACGCACGAGGACCUGUUUGAGAAACUACGAUCAACGUCUAGACCGCAACACGAUGCAGCCAACAAGGACGAACAAAACCCCCGCCUUCCCAGCCCCGGGUUUUUGAAACCAGGUGCAACGCCUAGCGUCUACAACAAUGGUACAUACCACAACAAUUUAUCCUCUGUUCUCGAAGAGGUCGAUGCCUCCAACGGAGUGAUCGCUAGAGUGAGGGGUAAGGCGAAGAGGACGAAAGGCACCGCCCGACAGCCUGCCGUUAAGGAGAACCCACGGUCAGCGGAAGAGACGGCAGGCCGAGUCCUUUGGAGUGUGCGCUCGUCGAAACUGACAAAACCGAGCACGUCACGCAAACCGGAAUUCGGUGACGUUAAUUUAAGACGCGGGGGCGAGAAAGCCUCCACACAACGGCCUAUCCGUACCAGACACCAAAGACAGCUGAGAGCUCCUACCGAGAAUGCCCCUUCACAAUCGCCGUCAACCGGGGCACUCAACUACACCGAACAGGGACGUCCUGCUGUCGAGGAUCACCUGCCGGUUACGACUGGGGCACCCCGGAGAAGUGAGCGAAUAGCUGCGCGGAGGCAGCAUACACCAAUUGAGCGCGAGCGUAAGAUGGCAGCAUCGUCAACCGGUAAUUCCGAAGGACGAUCACGGUCAACACCACGCGCUACAUCUACCAGACCCAACAGUAAUCGGAUAAGGAAACGGCAACGCAGCUCGAAACGUGGGACCCACGCGAGAGGGCAGCCAAUAUCAUAG